CUCCCCGCGCGGCUCCAGGGGCUCGGGGACCCCGGCAGGGCGCUGGCGGGGCCAUGGCAGCCGGGAGCAUCACCACGCUGCCCGCCCUGCCGGAGGACGGCGGCAGCGGCGCCUUCCCGCCCGGCCACUUCAAGGACCCCAAGCGGCUGUACUGCAAAAACGGGGGCUUCUUCCUGCGCAUCCACCCCGACGGCCGAGUGGAUGGGGUCCGCGAGAAGAGCGACCCUCACAUCAAACUACAGCUUCAAGCAGAAGAGAGAGGGGUUGUGUCUAUCAAAGGAGUGUGUGCGAACCGUUACCUUGCUAUGAAGGAAGAUGGAAGAUUACUGGCUUCUAAAUGUGUUACAGACGAGUGUUUCUUUUUUGAACGAUUGGAAUCUAACAACUACAAUACUUACCGGUCAAGGAAAUUCCAGUUGGUAUGUGGCACUGAAACGAACUGGGCAGUAUAA